AUGGCCAUCAAGUUAGACAGUGUAGGUACGCGAGCUGCGCCUAGGCCCGACGAGGCCGAGGUAUCAAGCUGCGUCGCCGCUAUCAUAGAAGCCUUCACAAACGGAUUCAACAUCUUCAAGCGGCUGCGCGAGAGGAGAAAAAAGCGCAAGUCCUCGCGCAAAGACAGCGACACGUCCGACGCGACCAGCUCGGCCGAGCACCAGCUCUCCAAGAGCUUACGCAGAGGGCCCGUCGAGGUGGCGGAGAAGUAUCUUGAAUGCUACCAAAGCAGUAUCGGCGCGCGUUUCGCAAAGGGCGAUGCCAUUGCACACGCAGCCCUUGCAGAGACGCUGAUCAAACUGAAUACUGGCCUUGUGGCCAUCAUUGCGUCCUUUCUCGACCAUGAGCACAAAAACGGAAAGAGCCACCUAGACCUAGACUACAAGUCGCUGACCCACCUUUCCGACGCCUCCCGCCGUGAGGCUCUGCUCAGCCUAACCCAACUCUACCUGCGACUAAGUCAGGCCCACGCCCAGCUCCACAGAAUUGCUGCUGCCGUUUGUCUACGCUGUGGCACUACUAAACACCAUGACUGCUCCUCGCGCAGCGCCAGCCCCGAGAAGGAGAGGAAGAAGCGGUCAAGCUCUUCGGCUACCCGCACACGCUCCCUCGGCCCAGUAGUCACCCGCAUGCCCAUCCGACAAGGACGCACCAGUCACCCUCACCUUGCCGUCGUGAGGCCAAAGGCAAGUCGCAAGGCCACUUCAUCAAGCAACAGCUCUAGUGCGGUCAAGUCAACUUCCAGCUCAUCCCGCACUACUUCACCCAUGUCCUCUCCCCAGCCAAAGAAACUUCAAAUGGCUUCGCCCGAGUUGAAGAAGACCCAAGCAGCACCUCAAUUGCCUCUGUAUGUGCCUGUCGAUCCUCUUGAGCUUCAGAGCACUGGCGUCUUCAAGGGCACCCUAGGCAGUGCUCCAACAAAGACGAGCCGUGUCAAACAACGCGUUGAUUCCUUCCAAGAUCCACGUGAGCCAUGGCCUCAGGAGCAUCUCCCCCGCACCAUCACCAAAUCCCCUACGCCAAAGCCCGUCGCAGCACCAAAGCGUGCCCCAACGCCCAAACAUGUCCACGAACCUACCCCCAAACUCCCAACAUUUUCUCCUGCGCCCCGCCGGUCUGCCACUCCCACUCCCACUCCCACUCCCACUGAGCCAUCCAAACCUCCUGUUCCAUCCAAGCCCGAGUACCUAUCUCCUCCACCACUACUUGACCACGCCCCGGCAACUAUCCACUUUAGACGCCGCAUGGAAAAGAACACGCCCUCCUGCUACACCUUUGCUUCCGACAGCACAAAGAUGGGAGAGAUUCCCCAGCGAAAAUGGUCUAGCCCCUUUGAUUUUGAAAAGGCAGAACGCCUCAAUGCCGAAGCUGCCCUCGCUGGUUACCCCAAUCCACUGCUCAGUGCCGACAAAACCGAGAAGAGGAAGAAGCGCUUCGGCUUCAUGCGUCGUGGCGACGCCUAA